AUGACCAACGUUGUUGUACAGAGUUUCUCUGAGUUAUUCGCUACCAUUGGUUUGCCGACAGUUAUGAUAUUCGCGGCAGUGUUGUUGUUAAGUCUGUGGAUCCUGUCUUCCAGCAAUCCUCGGGUGAACUGGCCGCCCGGACCAUUAUGUUUCCCCGUGGUGGGAUGUCUCCCUCAGCUGAUGAUCAGCGGUAAAAGACGACAACCGACAGAUCUUCUUCCAUGGUAUGAUACAUACGGAGAUAUCAUGCACAUCAAACUUGGUGAACAACACAUGAUAAUGCUGGGGACUUAUGAGUUGAUAGAAGAGGCCUUCGUGAAGAAUGCAGCUACAGUCAGUGAUAGGCCUACCUGGGUAUAUUUUUUAAGACAAAUAGUAGGAAAAGACGGUGCUGGAGUUUUAUUUAAAAACGGACACGCAUGGAAGGAGCUGAGGAGAUUCACACUCUCGUCCCUUCGAGAUUUCGGCCUUGGGAGAAAAAGUUUACAAGAAAAAAUUCAGGAUGUGGCCAGAUACUUGGUGCAAAGCAUUGAAGAUGAAAAUGGAAAGGCUUUCUCACCAAGGAAUAGGGUUGGGAAAGCUGUCAACAACAUUAUUUCUUUCGUAGUGUUUGGAGCUAGAUAUGACUAUGAUGAAACCCCAGCGAUGUUGCCAAUUUUGGAGGAAUCCUUGAGAAUGAACAAAGGAGGCCCAUUGUCAUUUACCAACUUGGUGCGCUUCUUCUUGCCGAAGAAGAAGUUCGCCCUCUUGGAUAAAUUCUAUAGUUUGGUAAGACAGGAGGUAGAACGACAUCGCCAGUCUUUUGAUCCAACUGACAUCCGGGACUUCAUUGACCUCUAUAUAAAGGUCACUCAAGACAGACUAGAUCCAGAGAUUUUCACAGGCAUGACGAUUUCACAUACAGAGCUAAUCCCGACCUGA